CCGGGGUGGUCAGCACUCGGCUCUGGGGACCCUGCAGGCGGAUGUCUGUCCGUCCAGCAUGAAGCCUCUCGCCUCGGUAACUCGGGUCGCCCUGACCCUCAGCCUGGUCUUUGCCUCCUUCCACUCGGCUUGCCUGGCAGAAGCAAGCAGCACCAACUCUUCAACCUUGGCCACCCACCACCCAGGCCCCGAGACCCUGGAGCAGUGCCCCAAUGUCAACUUCUGCCCACAAGCCGCCCGGUGCUGCCAAACUAGCGUGGACGAGUAUGGCUGGAUCACUGCUGCCGUUGGCUGGAGCCUCUGGUUCCUCACCCUCAUCCUGCUCUGUGUGGACAAACUGAUGAAGCUCACUCCAGAUGACCCCAAGGACUUCCAAGCAUGA